GACUUUAGAAAAGAAGGAUGAGCUUGGAUUGGACGGGGAAAAGGCGUGGGGGGGUGUUUAUCUCCGGAGCUUCCUUAAGCCCACCUUCCACUCUUCCACUCUUCCACUCUUCCAGGGCUCCUGCUUUCCUAUCUGAAUCCUGCUGCCUUGGAAUUCCAAAUGUUCCUUUCCUUUGAGCCUCCAAGAAACUUCAGAACCUCUUCCUACCCUACGUAGAUUAGUGACCACCUUGUUUAUUCGCAUUGGCACACUGAGCUUGUCCAUUGCAGUGUUGCGAUCACUACGAUAGUAUAAUAUAAUAAUUGCGACCGAUCUCAAGACCUUGACCUUGGGUCUAUAUUAUACUGUACUGUAUAGUAGACGAAACAGUACGUCUCCGUUUAUGUCACCGAUAGCACAAUUCAUCGUGUUCUAUUCAAUAACCUUGUGAACGACACUUGAGAAUAUCAAUUGUGAAGAGUUGGACUUCAUGACAGGCUUUAUUUAUUAUUGAUGAUAGCAGAAGUAUACUAACCAAUGAACUCUACGUUCACUCACAGGACUAGACAGCCAAGAUGUCCUACCUCGGACUAUUCCCUAACCAACAUGUCCUCCAUCAGUCCUUCGGCUCAUCGUCGAUAAGUCCACGGGCUCGAACCAGUCCAGUCGCGACCAAGGCCACCCCGCUUCAAGCCCGCCCGGAACUCUUUGUCGCCUACUCAGUGGUUGACGAUGCAAAGAAUAAAGCUCAGAAGCUGAGCUCUGAGGCCCAGCAGGAGUUUAACAAAGCCAGCCAAUCAGCUAAGCCUCAGAUGGAGCUUUAUACCCCUACGUUCUACGCUGCUGCCACUUUUGGUGGUCUUCUCGCGUGUGGCUUGACGCACACUGCUGUGACUCCCCUGGAUCUUGUCAAGUGUCGUCGACAAGUGGACUCGAAGCUGUACAAGGGAAACUUCCAGGCCUGGGGCUUGAUUUUUCGAUCAGAGGGUGUCCGGGGUAUCUUCACGGGUUGGAGCCCCACCCUCUUUGGGUACUCGGCGCAGGGCGCCUUUAAAUACGGUUGGUACGAAUAUUUCAAGAAGCAAUACUCGGAUCUCGCGGGACCCGAGAAUUCGUACAAGUACAAGACGUUCCUUUACCUUGGAGCCUCUGCCUCCGCCGAGUUCCUCGCCGAUCUUGCGCUUUGCCCCUUCGAGGCCGUCAAAGUCCGCAUGCAAACCACUAUUCCCUCACCCUACAAGGGCACUUUCGAUGGCAUCAGCAAGAUCAUGGCGGCUGAGGGCGCCGGCGGCUUAUACAAGGGUCUGUAUCCCCUAUGGGGUCGUCAGAUCCCGUACACAAUGAUGAAAUUUGCCUCCUUUGAAACCAUUGUGGAGAAAAUCUACGAAAGCCUACCCGGUCAGAAGAGCGACUACGGCAAGGGCGCACAGACCGCUGUCUCCUUUUCCGGUGGAUACUUGGCCGGUAUCCUUUGCGCCAUCGUCUCUCAUCCGGCUGAUGUGCUCGUCAGCAAGCUCAAUGCCAACCGCAAAGCCGGCGAAGGCUUCGGUGCCGCCGUCGCCCGGAAUUACAAGGAUAUAGGCUUCAUGGGUCUGUGGAACGGUCUACCUGUCCGUAUCGUCAUGAUUGGCACUCUCACCGGUCUCCAGUGGAUGAUUUAUGACUACUUCAAGAUGUUCAUGGGCUUCCCUACGACAGGAGGAGCCGCACCCCCUGAGAAGAAAUAAGGCUCUGAAGGAGGGGCAAUGAGUAUUCGGUAACAAACAUGUGCCUGUAAUAUUUACUGACGAACAAAGAUGCUUGGCCCCCUUUACUGUGAGUUCUGGCAGAUUUUUGAUUGGUGUUAGUCGGAAUAGGUAACAUGCCUAGGUAGGUGGUUUGGCAGACUAAGGUCGAGUUCGGGUUGCGGACGUUUCGUGACGGCUGCCCAACGUAUAUAUUCAACUGUGAUAUCUGAAGCAACUCUCCCCACUGCCACAUUGCGAUUCUAAUGCUAUACGGUUCCGGGUUAGGCAGCUUUCUUCUCUGGUAACUUUUCGUUAACACAAGCCGUUUCUUAUUUUUGGGGGUUCUCCAACGAAGAUGUGAUGCCCGCUGCAGUUCAAGAGUUGCAUAGUAGAUAGUAGGUAGUGCUACUACUCUGUGAGUCAAAUGCGUAUAUUAUAUAAACCUUGUCAUCGUAUAUAGUGGCAGUGGAGAAUCUGGAGAUUGAUCGGUAGGUACCCAAGGUCUCUCUCUAUACACUAGAUUACGUCUUCCAGGACCCCAAUAGCCUGGGAGUAAGAGUAGGUAUGUAGUUGAGCGGAGAGGUAUGUAGGCGUCUAAAUAAAGACGAGGAUCAAGUCCACUUCAGAGUGGAUAUAUGUAAGAAGAUCAUGAAUGUUAACAUUCUAGCUUCAUACGCAUUUCUCUGUUUACGAA